UCUCUCUGGCUGAAGCAGACUUCUGUUGGGCAGCUGUUGGAAGUGAACUGUUGGAGCCUUUAGAGCAGAGUCAGUAAAUCUCCUCACCAGCCCAGACAGAGCGCCAGUCACUCAGGUGGUUCCGGUCAGAGAGCCAUUUACGCGCCGGGGGAAUUACAGUUAAAAGUCAAAUGCCUGCUUCGUGAUAAGGAGGAUCAGUCGGAUUUCCCCCUCCUAAAUUCUGCGGGAAUCUUGUGUUUGACAGCUGGCCUCUUUUAAUACGGCUUCAGAUUAAGACUGGGGGACAUCUCCUCGGGAUGAUGAAGAUAUUUUCACCUUGCUUCAUCAUGAUUAUUGUCGCACUACUUGUCGCCACCGUCUCUGCGACCAAAUUAAAUGUGCCACGGCUGAGACUGUCCCACAAAGACCUGCUGUCCACCAACAGGUCAUCUAUCUUCAGCUGUCAUCAUGGUCACCUCUCUCUUAACUCCAUCUUCUUGGAUGAGUACCGUGACCGUUUAUUCCUGGGAGGCAAAGACGUCCUGUACUCUCUCACGCUGGGACCUGUUAGCAGCGAAUCUAAAGAGAUUUUCUGGCCUCCAUUACCAGGAAACAGAGAAGACUGCAUUCAGACAGGGAAGGACCCACAGACAGAGUGUGCCAACUUUGUUCGCCUCCUGCAGCCCUACAAUCGUACACACCUCCUGGCUUGUGGCACUGGCGCCUUCCAGCCCAUGUGUGCGUUCAUCUAUGUGGGGCACAGAGGAGAGCACAUGUUCAGCAUGGACCCUCUGAACGUGGAAAAUGGAAGAGGAAGGGUUCCACAUGACCCCAGCUUCCCCUUCGCUAGCACCUUCAGUGGUGGGGAGCUGUAUACAGGACUGACAGCGGAUUUCCUGGGAAGAGACUCUGUGAUAUUCAGAAGUAUGGGUGGUCGCUCCACCAUGAGGACAGAGACCGACCAGAAGCUCCUUCAUGAUCCCAAAUUCAUUGCAGCCCACCUCAUCCCGGAUAAUGAUGACAGAGACAAUGAUAAAGUGUAUUUCUUCUUCACUGAGAAGGCCACAGAGGCAGGAGACAGGGAGGGGGCCAUACACACACGAGUUGGACGAGUGUGUGCGAAUGAUGUUGGCGGUCAGAGAGUGCUGGUCAAUAAGUGGAGCACCUUUAUCAAAGCCAGACUUGUCUGUUCUGUACCAGGACCUCACGGAAUCGACACUCACUUCAACCAACUUGAGGAUGUUUUCAUGCUGAGGACCAAGGAUGAAAGGAACCCAGACGUCUAUGCAAUCUUUAGCACCAUCAGUAAUGUAUUCCAGGGCUUUGCUGUGUGUGUUUACCGCAUGGCUGAUAUCAGAGAAGUUUUCAACGGACCUUUUGCUCAUAAAGAGGGUCCUGACUACCAGUGGGGUGCUUAUGAAGGCAGGGUUCCUUAUCCAAGACCAGGCGUGUGCCCCAGUAAAAUCACCAACCAACCUGGGCGAGAGUUUGGCAGCACAAAGGACUUCCCUGAUUCAGUCCUGCAGUUUGCUCGCAGCCAUCCGCUGAUGUGGCGGCCGGUGUAUCCAGUCCUUCGCCGCCCCGUGCUUGUAAAAGCGAACAUUCCUUAUAAGCUGAAACAAAUAGUGGUGGAUCGUGUUGAGGCAGAGGACGGGCAGUAUGAUGUCAUGUUUAUUGGCACAGAUGUUGGUACAGUGCUGAAGGUCAUUGCACUGAACAGUGGAAACAGUCUAGAGACAGAGGAAGUCACAUUAGAGGAGCUACAAAUCUUUAAAGAGCCUAUUCCAAUUACAUCACUGGAUAUAUCUGUAAAAAGGCAAGCCUUGUAUGCAGGCUCUCCAGUAGGUGUGGCACAGGUGAAGCUUCAUCGCUGUGAGACCUAUGGGAAAGCCUGUGCUGAGUGUUGUCUUGCCAGAGACCCUUACUGUGCCUGGGAUGGAUCAUCCUGUACGCGAUACAUUCCCAACAGCAAGCGUCGCUAUCGCAGACAGGACAUCAGGCAUGGAAAUCCUGCGCUGCAGUGUGUGGAUCAGAAUCUGAGUGAAGACGUUGAUGUAACAGAAGACAGGAUGGUAUAUGGGACAGAGAACAACAGCACCUUCCUAGAGUGUGUUCCUCGCUCCCCACAAGCAACUGUCACCUGGCUAGUCCAACGUGAUGACCACAAGGAAGAGGUGAAGCUAGACGAUCGCGUGAUGUCUACAGAUCAGGGUCUCCUGUUUCGUCGCCUUUUCCGCCAAGAUGAAGGCGUCUACAUCUGCCGCACUCGAGAGCAUGGCUUCACACAGAUCCUGGCCCGCCUCACCCUCGAAGUCCUCCAGGGGGAGACCGUGGAUGAGCUCAUGGCGCGUGGCAACACAGGCAUCUCUGACUCAAACAAAGACCGGUCUACAGGAAGUUACAGGGCCUGGAUGCCUUGCAGUGCAUACAGCAGGGGCGGCUCAUCAAGCCAGAUUGGCCAGUCGCGGACAUGGUUCAAGGAUAUCAUGCAGCUCAUUGGGCCAUCAAACCUGCCGCACGUGGAGGAGUACUGCGAGAGGAUGUGGUGCAAUGACAAGCUGAAGAGGAAACACAAGAGCAUAAUAGAAAAGUACCGCCAAGCACAGGAGAGCGCCAGGAAGACCCGUAGCAAGAGCUCCGGCGAACGCAACAGGACACCGCGGGAUCUAAGGGCGUGGGAGGAGUGACAAAGAGAAAUCAUGGAGAGAAUACGAGCGAGAAAAUGAAAGUGGAAAAAUAAAAAGACAAAACAAGUUCAGGACAAGAUCAAUAGAUCAAUAGACAGGCAUUAAUAUACCAGCCUGAUAGUUUUUGUAAAACCAUGGUAGAUCAAAGCAGUGUGUCUUUUGUCCAUUUAACAAAAUGAAUUUUAGUGUCUAAAGAAAAUUUGUGUAUAAAGACUCUGAAAAAUUGCUCAGAAUAUUUGACAGUUGUGUUGGAGGGAAGCACAACUCGAGCUGAAAAACUCCUGCAUGUGAAAGUGUAUGGGGCCUUUUCAGGUAUUAUGAAGUUAGUGUGUAACCGCUGUGUUUAUGCCUGUCACCCGAAUAAAGACAGAAGUUUUCACUCGUCUGGAAAGAGACUCCUACUGAACUGAGCAGCCUGCUGCUGAUCGUGAUGCUGACAGUGGUAAGAAGGAGACCAGAGACCAUUUUUCAACUACACUCUGAGGAUGCUUUUUAAAAAUCUCAAUCACUGAUGAGGACUCUGCCGUCCACACCUUUGUUCUGUCAUAUUUGUAGUGUCACUGAAAUGGCAGACAGUGCUUUGAUUUCAUCAACUCUGUCUUCACUGAGGAAACCUGCAAAGCUUCUCAAAUGUACGUGUGGGCUGAUCUUUACUAACAGCUGGUUUUAUGCUUUUCAGGCUCAUCGACUCAUUCAUGAUAGUUUGUGUUUCCUCAUAUCUAAAUGUUAAUUUUUGUUUGCAAAUAGCUCUUACACAUUUGUACACACACACACGUACACACACACACACACACAGAGUUUCUGUUUCAUUUUUAGGAAGCAUUUCAUAUGAUGCAGAUCACUGGAUUCAUUUAUGUCUCAUUUUACAUUUAAUGACCUGUGCCUCUGAUCUUGUUUGUUGUUAUAUUUCCACGUGUGGCUUCAGCUCAUAAAUGGUUUUGCAGUAUCUUCACAAAAGGAAAGAGCGACUGGUGAAGUGCACGGGUUUAGACGCUUGCUGUAUCGGAUCUUUCUCGGUUUGACUCCAUUCGUGCCAAGUCUUUCAUUAAUGGAAAUUUCACUCACCCAGCUAAAAUGCAUAAGCUCAAACCAGAAGCUACCAUAAGACGACUGUUGAUGGUUCAGCAGAUUAAAGGCACAUGGCUUUAUUUUUAUUCCAGUGGGUUGAACUUUCCAUUAAACACUACAGUGGAUUCUUUUUCACAAUUUUGGUUACAUGCCAUAACACCUCUUAGAAUGUCUCUGAUAUUUACUUCUAUGAACUUCAUGCACCUCAGUGCACUAAAUACUUAGACUAAAGCCCCUUUCAGACAUGCGAUCCUUCCCAUUAACCUGAAUGCAUCGACACACUGUGUAAUUCACGAUACUGUCUGACGACCGUGGUUGUGCUGCCAUAAAAGUCAGGAUACGAAUAGGAAUUAUUUUAAUGACCAGUUAAUUUGUGCAUUUAUUGUGACUGCUCAUAAUGACCCAGCAUUAUGCUCUCCGUUUGUCUGCGUGACAAUCCCAUAAACACCUUCAAAGAGCUUUUUAUCUUUUCAAGUACUGGUUAAAAGGACCUAUUCAAGUCAAAAUUACAUAACUCGACCUCUCUCUGGGAUCCUGACUCGCACUUAAACCAUCCACUACAUUCAUUUUCCCAGAGAUUUUCUGUGUGCCGAAGCUCCCCAGUGAUAAUGGGGGGAACAAUAGAAAGGGGUCAAGCGUACUGGCUGGCUGCUCUUGUGUUUUCUGCAAUGUAAACACUCGUUUUAAGAUAAGCUUUGUUGUUAAAAUAUGAUUUAUGGUUAUGUAAUCUCAAAAAAAGAUUCUUCUUCUAAAUUAGAGGGUGGAAAAGAGAAUAGAGGGUUUAAUUCAUGGAGCAGAGUACAUAUCGCUAGACAGGAGGGAUUGAGACUGUACAAACAUACUAGGUCUUGAAAAGUGAAUUUCACACUCACAUUCAUCCUCUGGCGUUGCAGUAACGACAAGAUCUCAGCCUCCCUCCCUCUGCCCCAGGCUUAAUUGCCCCCUGAGAUUCUAGUCUAUAACCAUGACUGCAGAUGUCGAGUAAUGUCUGAAAAACUACAAAUUCUGUAUAAGCUGAAAUAUAAGCAUUAUAUAGUGGGGUAAAGUAUUUAUCAGCAAAAUUAAAAACAACACAAAACAGAACCAAAUCUGUCUUUUGAACUGACACAACAAAUGUUAACAUUUUAGUCAAAGUUAUCUCACAAAAUCAGCUUGGCUCGGUUUGUUUGGGAUCUGUUAACACUGGCCUCCUGUCUUAAUUUAUUGUCCUAUUGUGGUUUUUAUUAUCAAGAGACACCAGUUAUAAUCUCUAAGGCCUCAUCACUUCAAGAUCAACAUUGUUUUUGUUAAUGUGCUUAAAAAUAAUAGAUGCUAUAAUUUUUUCUUGGUAAGAUGCUUUGAAAGAAGUGAAGUUCAGGAAAAACGGACUAAAGAUGCCAGCCUGAGUGUGGAUAGGAAUUAGAUCUAUUGAUCAAAAGUAUCAAAUGUUUUCAUAUUUUAACAGUAAAGUUGAAGCAGUGAAAUUUUAUUUACAUAGCUUAUUUUGUCACAGGCUAUAGCGAAUGUGUCUGUUCUUUUCCAACACAGAAAUCUGAACUGCACAAAAUGACCACACAAUAAAAUACAACUACAAUAAAAUGCAGUCUUCACAAGCAUCCUGCUGCUUACAGGAUAAAUUGGUGUCAGAAGGGUGUAUGCAUACAUAAAGACAACAGCGCGCUUAUUCCAAUAGUAUUUACAAUUAAAUGGGAUCCGACAGUAACACCAUUAAAGUCUGUGAUCUUUUUGUGUGGAUGGCUUUUCAAAGGAGAAAUGAAAUGAGGGCAAAGGAAGAGAAAUGCAGUGAGAGGUUGUUUUUAAUUAAAGAGGUACUAUGAGCAUCUUAUGAAGGCUGUAUUUGGAAUUCCUAAAGAUCCAAAUCCAUAUUUUUUUAGGAUUUCUGAAAUUUCCCCCAGUUUUACAACAAAUUAUCUAUUUUAAUCCAUCAAAGUUUAUCUUCUUAGUCUGAAAGUUUAAUACCUGUUAAACUAAACUUAUGAUUUCUCUAAAAAAUAUUUCUUCUACUGCACUGUUAAUCUAAAAGAAAAUGUUGACAGGAGGAGGAAAGAGGGUUUUUUAAUCUCUCAAAAUCUCCUGUUUUACUGUGAAAGUUUUUCUGUUCUUGUGGUGGUGUCAUUUGUUUGGGCUUCUGCUUAUCUAAGGUGUGAAUUACUGUCACAGCAACAGUUUUAAAAUGUAUUUAAGGUUAAGCCAGUGUAAUCAUGAUUGUAAAAGUGGUAAAAUUGUAUAAACAUACAAAUUUCCAUUUAACAAUAACUUUUAGAAGAGGAAACUACUUUGUUGACUAACUUAUCCAUGCAUUUUAACAAGUAUGGACUCCAUAAUGACAGACAAAUGUGCAAUGACUGACUAAAUGCAGUUAAUCCAUCCAGUGCUUUUCAGUUUUGCACAAAGUGUAUUUUGUUAUUGCACGUCAUAUUUUAUAUUUUUAUCUUCUUAUGACGUUCUUAUGAUCGCCGCCUUCUGUAGCUAGUCCAUGUUCUCAGCACCAUUUAAUUUUCAUCUAAAACUCUGUUUUUUGAUGUUUAUGUAAAACACCUGAUGGCUAAGUCAUUUGAUGGGGAUUCAAGCAUCUGUUAAUAUUGUGAUUGUGAUACAGAAAUAUACCCUUCUCAUAGUAAUCAUUUUGACAUGCAGCCACAGUAUAAACAGAUAUAAGUGCAAAAAUUAAGGUCCCACUCUAUGUUGUAUUGAGCCAGCAUGCAUACUGUAGCACCAUGACACAUCUAAAUUGAAUUGGGCUAUAGAUAAUGCUGUUAAUUAAAUGAUAUGAUGAUUGAUAAAAUAUGCCUCAAAUACAUUAAAUUAUUUUAAUUGAUGGCAUUUUUCCAGAUCAAGUAGAGGAAAAGAAGCUGUUGGCUGAUUGAAAGGAAGCAUGUCCCCAACAAGAGAGCUGUCGGUUGAAGCAAUGGAAAGGGCCACAUGACUAACUGCAAAAAGAAAAUCCAACACUAAAUGUGGGAAAAGAUGUUGUUUGUUCCCAGUCGGCCGUGUCUAAAAUUCGGAGCAAGUACAACCAAAAUGGGACGGUUCUAAAUGGAAAACAUACGAGUAGACGAGAGGCGUCAAAGUGUCACGACAGAAAAUUCAAAGCAGUACUGAAAAUGAAAAAGUGUAGAAAAAAUUAAUUGAAAACAAAUGGGCCGAAACAGAAGUCAGCGUUUGCGGCAGAACUAUAAGAAGUGGGAUCUACAUCCAGGAAACCCGGCACUAACAGAAGGAAGCAGGGUUACAGUGAGCUAAAGAGAUGCAAUCUUGGACUGGAUGACUGGAUGAACGUGAUGAAUCAUGAAGUUGGGCAGUUGGGCAUGGAGAUGCUAGUCUGGUGUCUUUACAAUGAAACAUAUACUGUAAAGGUCACUGUUUGACGAAAACAAGCUAAUUUUCCCAUUUCUUAUAUGGGGUUGCGUGCCAGGCAAAAGGGAAGGGAAGGGAAAGGGAAUCAUUACUUCAACAAUAAAUGGACAGGUAUAUGUGCAGAUUUUGGACACUUGUCAGUAGAAAGUAGGUUUGGUGUUUGGUGGAGUCAUUUUUCAGGAUGACAUCGCAUCUUACCACAGAGCUUCUCUUCAGAAACGGCCGAUUAACUCUGAUAAAACAAGCAAAAAGUCCAGAUUUCAAUCUGACUGAAAAUUUAUGGUGGAAAAAAAAGCUGAGCUCAACUGUUUGUUGAGGAGCUGGAACGGGCCCGAAGGAGAUGAUUGUUUUUCAUUAUUGAAAUCACAGUUUAGGUCAUUAUAAAAGCCUGAGGAGGUGCAGCAAAGUACUACAUUGUGAUGUUUUUAUUGAUGAUUUCAUAUUUCUUUCCUCAACAGUGAUUCCAAUUUUUUUUUUGCUCCACGUGAAUUUGAAAAGAAAUUACAUUUGUGUAACUGAAGCCAGACUGUUCAGCUAGUGAAUAAAAUAGUUUUGUGUCAUAUCUGUGAUUUAUUAUUGUGUAGUGAUUCCAUAAGUUUUGCCAGGGGCUGUGGGUGCUCCUCUGAAUUUGGGCGCUUGUUGACAGAAGUCUGCACAUGCUCUAAUCUCCACAGUUAAGGUGCAUUAAGAAACAAAAGCGGUUCAGUCAACAGAAAAGGCUGUAGUAUCUGUAAAGUUGCAGUCCAACUAGCACAUAAUCAUUAUAAACCUGAAAAGGUUCUUGAAGCUUGCUUUCAAUUGUAAGGAUUCUUCAAAUAAAAAUAAAUACUUGCUUUGUGAAGUUUCUCAUUAUUAUGUGGUAGAAAUGUGUGCUGGCUCUCUGACAGAAAGAGCCUUAUUUAAAUGUAUAUUUAUAUUUUAUUUAAAUGUCUUUCUAUUGUGCAUGCUAUGAACCUGUAUGCUAUUUAACACAAUUAAAAGUUUUU